CCACCUGCCCCCCGCUGGCGCCGCCACUGGUCCAACAUACUGUAGGCCUAUGUGUAUUGGACCUAAUUUUAUUUCAUUAUACAACUGAUAUUUUUUAGCAGUGUCUUUUAAAUCGUGAACCAUCUGUUUAUGUUAACCUCCACGAAGGAUUUUACGUCAGCAGAUUUGCUAGCUCUUGUGUCAUCUAGUGUCAAUUACCCAAUCAUAUUGCUAGUUUUGAAAAGAAAGUAAAUUAGAUAAAGAAAAAAUACAGAAUGUGAGAGUUUUAUCUGAUAUAUGUGUAUUAAAUAUAAGUAUAUGAAUUUAAUGUCCUAUCUUGCUGUUGUUUAUAGGCCUAUAUGCCUACAUAGCAUUUAUUUUAUGGAGCUACUUAUAGUUAAUGUCCUGCAUUCUAAACCGAAGAUAAAUGUCCUACGCUUAUCGACUCCAUUGUUUAUACUGUCUUAACUGCAUAACAAAAGUUUUCAUUUGAAACAUUUUUUCCUGACAGAUUAUUUAGAAGAGUCCAAACAAGUCUGCUAUCAAGAAAAAAACACAUAAAAUUUCAUUUUAAUAUCAUUUAUUCAAAAAGGCUUAUAUCGAAGUGCAUUACUGUUAAUGAUUUAUCUGACACGUAUUAGGCUUAAAGAAAGUAGAUAAAAACCAAUAAUAAUUAUAUAAUAUUUAUAGAUAUUAAAGUAUAAGCUAUUAAAAAUAGCAAUUCAUCAGUAGGCCUACAAUAAAAGGGGUAUUUCGAAGGAAGCAAGGUAUUCGUUCGUGUACAAAGCAAACAUAAUUGUAUAGUAUAGUGUAUAGAAAUCUAUGUUUGGCCAAUUUUCCCCCCAGAUCAAAAUUUCUUUGAACGCUACAUUUGUUUUUCAAUUCGUUGUAUUUGUCUAUAUAUACGGUACGCAUUUGUAAUCUGAGCUUCAUUUUAUAAAUGGUGGCUUUCCGCUAUUGAAUCAGAUUUGAAUUAAUAAUUAGGCCUAAUGUAAAUUAGCAUGAAAACACUAGGGAUUGAAACGUUUGUCUAUUAAACCACUGACAAGUGAGCACCUUUCUGUUAAUAUUUACUGUUGUAUUCAAUGCGGUGUCUUUUAAAUUGACCUAAUUAUCGCGAUAUGAUAUUGCACAAGUGUUAAGCCUAUAUAAGUUAUAUAGGCUAAUAUUAAACGUAUUCAAAAUACAGAUUUACAAAUACACAAGUUGCCACAGCAAUGAUAAACAAUCGGAUAACAACCGUCAAAGUAUAUCGGUAUCUUAGAAACCGGAAUACUAUCACCGGGGUGGCACCACAUCAAUGACAGUAUGUAUCAAUACAUCAUCGCUGCCAUGAUUGGCGGCUAUCAAUAAUUGAUGUAUAGGCCUGAUGGGUCAACUGAAUAAUUGUUAGGCGUGUUGCACCCGGUGAUAAUAUUUAUCCUGAUAAUGGACUAGUACAUGUGAUGUCAGCAUUCCCGUUCCGAUGGGAAACAAAUUUUAGAACCUAUCUUUUUCGGUAAGUUUCUUGUGGAUAAUUGCCUGAAAGAAAAGGAAAAUGACGCUCGAAACUCACCAAGCAGACUCCCUGCCAGGCAUGCCUAAUGUUGAAGCAAACGCUCCAGUGUACUUAACCGAAGCGACAGAAAAAACUCCGAUUACAUACAUAGGUCAACCUCAUACUAACUCGUCCACAGCAAACUCAAAAACAAACAAAGCAUGGACUCUUCCUCUUGGUGAAGCCACCAGCGCAGCAUAUUCCUGGCCAGACGCACCAGACAGUGACGUGGUGGACAACCCCAACGCCAAGGAACCGUCGUAUCAGAUGACACAAGCAUUGCAGGCAAUUCCUGGCUAUGAAACAACAACUGUCCGUAAAGGAAAACCUCACAAGAAAAAAGACGUCCCCAUUUCAAGAGAUUUCCAACAAAAGUUUCAAGAAUUACCUGCUCCACUUUCCAAAGCAGAUGCCCAUGGUGUUUUGAAGGAUCAUGUAUCUCACAAGUGUUGCUAUGGGAAACGGGUUAUCAAUGACCUAGAGGUGGAUAAGGUGAUCAAUGUCCCUGUCCACCAGUACAAGCUGAGUACAUUUACGGAAACAAGACAAACAAUCCGACUCUUCGAACCCUUUAAAGGUCAGAAGAUUGACAACCUGAACAACCCUUUCCCUCCCACGAUAUGGGAAGUAAAGAACAGUCCAGAUUCCUUGUGGAAGAAACACACAAAGAAAUGCACUGUACCACAAUCAUCAACCAUUGAGACUUGUCAUGGUUGCACAGGAAGGGGAUUCAAUAAGUGCUAUCGAUGCCUGGGACGCGGAACGACAAAAUGCAAGAAGUGCAAAGGAACUGGAAAGGCUAAAGCAGAUAAUUGCUUAGAAUGUGCUGGAUCGGGAAACCGUCGCUGCCAACUGUGUCGAGGUCAUGCGUGUAUCGUUUGCUCAGUAUGCCAGGGGUACAAACAGUUACACUUCUACAUACAAUUAAUAUCUGAUUUUAACGUAUUGGAAGAUGAGGUAUGGUUGAAUGCAACUAAAGUGUCGACAAAAAGUCUUCAAAAGCUAAAAAAGAGCAAAGUUAUUGAAACUGAAAAUAUAAUGGUCAGUCCGAUUAUAAACUACUCAUUUGGAGACGUAAAUAAUGCAUCAGAUUCACUUGUAACCAAGCACUCAAAGGAACCAACCAAGUGUAUCAUCCAACAGCGUCAUGUUCUGUUUGCGUUACCUGUGGUGGAGGGGCAGUAUGUGUGGAAACGUAGAAUAAAAUCAUUCUGGGUCUAUGGACACGAGCGUCUGGUGUAUGCUCCGGAAUAUCCAGAGUCGUGUUGUGGCAGAUGUGCUUGUACAAUAGUCUAGAUGUCAGGCCGCCUGAGAAAUACUAGUCACUAACGUUAUGUAACAUUAUUCACUGUACAGUAUUUAAUCAUACAAUUAUAAAUUAUUAAUGCCUGACAUGUCCGUCCAUAAAUUCUAUAUUGUACCGUACUUUGUCAGUGACGAUUCAAACAGUUGUUGCAACUAUACUUUAAAUCAAUUCAAUUAAAUUCAAAUUUAUUUGAGCAUAAUUCAACACAUUACAAAAUCAUAAGUCUAAAUUAUAUUCUUUCCAUAAAAAAUACCCUAACGUAAAUAAGAGUUGGUAGGCAAAAUAGGGGUACCAAUUCACAUCUAACUUUGAGGGCUCCGGUGGAAAUUAAUGGCCCCAAUGGAAAGUUUUUUUAUACAGUAUUUUAAAACUUUGUCGGGUUAGCCUAGGAAUUAAUAUCUUUAAUAUCUGUUGUUCUUCAUUAUAUAUCUGUUCUUUAUUUUUGUUUUGCAUUCAAGAAAUGUUUUGUGAUUUUAAUUCCUGAAUAAAAUCAACGAAAUGAUACGUGUCAUAGUCCAACUAAAAUAUUAAUUAAAUAUGAUAAUCAUAUAAGACAAUUUAUAUAAUACAUCAUGCUAAACGUAGUAUAUGUUUAUGUAAAAUAUUUCGUUAUUAGCUAGCAGUUGAUGUAGGCCUAAGCAAUAUAACUGCUAUAACAUUUAAUUGGGCAACAGUGAUGGAACGAUUUAAAAGGUGAUUAUGUGCUAAUGUUUUGUAAUGGCCUUAAUGAUAUAAUAUAUAUUUGUGUUGAGAUGAAUAUAUAAUUAUAAUAUAAUAGCUUAUACAAUAUAUAUUCAAUACUGUAUUCGAUUAAUGCAUUAGCUUACCUUACAGUAUAUCAACAAUAACCAGUUAUACAAGGCUGAAGCUAGUGCACUAUAUACUGUAAUAUUAUAAACUAUACUGAAAUCAA